GCCACCGAGGAUUGUCGGGCAGGUGCUACCUACCGGUGUAGUUAGCAUGCUAGCCUCCGAGCCCAUGACUCAGGCUCUAACAACCCUUACCCAUGAAUCCGAGCUGCUCUCGUCAUUCUUCGCAAUUCGCGCGAGGAACCCCCUGCUGGUCAGUGGUGGCCGAACAACCCACGAUCGCCGAGAUGCGUCACAGUCUUUAACCCCGAAUGCUGGAAAGAUAUAAUAUAAUAAUAUAUAGGGCGCUGUCUGAAUAAUCAUGGCGUCUAUGGCUGGUGAUAUGAGUAACGCUCACCUUCCCUCAUUCCGCUGAAAACUUGAUCCGAAAGUCCAAGCGAGAAACUAGACACCCGAGCAGGCAAAGAUGAACAACGUUCUCACGGGCGCGGCGAUGGGCGCUGCCCUGACCACCGCUGGCGUCUACGCCCCCGACAUUAUUCUCUCCCAGUUCAAGUUUACCGACUUCACCAUGCUCCAAACCUUUCUCACCGCCGCGGCGGGUAGCACACUACUCGUGACAGCCGCGCAGGCCUUACACCUGACAGACCUACCACCGCGCGGGCCCUCCAGCCUCGGCUUGUGCGGCCGCUACGACGGCAACCUAGUCGGCGGCGCCCUGCUCGGCGCGGGCAUGGCGAUCUCGGGCGCCUGUCCCGGCACUGUCCUCGCCCAGCUGGGCGUGGGCGUCUCGUCUGGGCGGUACGCGCUCGGCGGCGCCGUGGCCGCCGGCGUCGCGUGGAGCUGGAUCCGGAGGCGGCGGGCUCCGGGCAGCGGCUGCCCCGGCUCUGCUCCUGCUCCUGCUCCUCCUUCGGCGGUGGCGGACGGCAAGGAGGAAGGGGGGGUGGUCAGCAGCGGAAAGGGAGACCACCGCCACCAGACGGGGGCCGCGAGGAAGGACGGGCGCGGAGAGACGGUGUAUGAGCUGCUGGGGAUCAGCCGGGGGGCGCUGCUGGUCGGGCUGGAGGCCGGGCUGGUGCUGGCAGUCGCCGCGGCGGUGCGGUAUACGCGCGCCGACGCCGCCGAGGCGAGGGGCCUGCCGCCCUACUACGCGGGCUUGGCGAUCGCCGCGGCGCAGCUGGUGUCGAUCGUCCUGAGAGGGUCGCUGCUCGGGGCGUCGGCGGCGUUUGAGGAGCUCGGCGGGUGGCUCUGGGGGGUGCGCGAGUAUUCGAACGUGCUCUUCUCGGCCGGCGUGGUCGGCGGCGCGUGGCUCGUCUCGCGCGCCGUGCCGGCGCUGAGACCCGUGACCGAGGUGGCCAUCCCGCCCCUGCGGUCUGCCCUGGGCGGGUUCAUGAUCGUGUUCGGGUCGCGGAUGGCCGGCGGGUGCACGUCUGGGCAUGGCAUCAGCGGGCUGUCGCUGAUGUCCAACUCUAGCUUUCUGACGGCAGCUGCAAUCUUUGGCGCCGGCGGCCUGACGGGGCUCUUGCUGGGCUGAGAUAUGACCUGCCUCGGUUGUCAGAUCGGCCGUCGAUCAUUUCGGAGCUUGAGAGUCGAGAUUGUCGAAAGCACUUUGCUACGGAGAGGUGUCUGGUUCCAAAAUUAUGAGUAUGUAUAUAAUUAUCUUCUGAAGCCUCUGCGACUGGCUGUC